UUUAGGGGCGGUGCCGCGUGUGGACCCGAUGGACCCCGGCAAUGCCGCCAUUUUGGAGCCUUCCCUCAGGAGCCUGUACAGGGUUUCCGAGCUGGUACUGUUGCUGCCGCUGUCGGCGGCCUUGCCGGGCAGGAUGAAUGUGAUAGACCACGUGCGGGACAUGGCGGCCGCGGGGCUGCACUCCAACGUGCGGCUCCUCAGCAGCUUGUUACUUACAAUGAGUAAUAAUAACCCUGAGUUAUUCUCCCCAUCUCAGAAGUACCAGCUUUUGGUGUAUCACGCAGAUUCUCUCUUUCAUGAUAAGGAAUAUCGGAAUGCUGUGAGUAAGUAUACCAUGGCUUUACAGCAGAAGAAAGCUCUAAGUAAAACUUCAAAAGUGAGACCUUCAACUGGAAAUUCUGCAUCUACUCCACAAAGUCAGUGUCUUCCAUCUGAAAUCGAAGUGAAAUACAAAAUGGCUGAAUGCUAUACCAUGCUAAAACAAGAUAAAGAUGCCAUUGCUAUACUUGAUGGGAUCCCUUCCAGACAGAGAACUCCUAAAAUUAACAUGAUGCUGGCAAACUUGUACAGCAAAAACUGUUUGUAUUUAAGAUCUAAUAAUUUUAAAUUGGAAUAUUUAUUUCUCAUUUGUACUAUCAAGAAGUGUUUGAUAUCUUACAGUUCACUAGAGAAAAAGUCCUUAUUGCGAGAUAACGUGGACCUACUGGGAAGCUUAGCAGACCUGUACUUCAGAGCUGGAGACAAUAAGAACUCUGUCCUCAAGUUUGAACAGGCACAGAUGUUGGAUCCUUAUCUGAUAAAAGGCAUGGAUGUGUAUGGCUACCUGCUGGCACGAGAAGGGCGGCUGGAGGAUGUGGAGAACCUUGGCUGCCGCCUUUUCAAUAUUUCCGAUCAGCAUGCAGAACCGUGGGUGGUCUCCGGGUGUCACAGCUUCUAUAGCAAACGCUAUUCUCGGGCCCUUUAUUUAGGAGCCAAAGCCAUUCAGCUGAAUAGUAAUAGUGUUCAAGCUUUGCUACUUAAGGGAGCAGCACUUAGGAACAUGGGCAGAGUCCAAGAAGCAAUAAUACAUUUUCGGGAGGCCAUACGGCUGGCACCUUGUCGCUUAGAUUGUUAUGAAGGUCUCAUCGAAUGUUACUUAGCCUCCAACAGUAUUCGGGAAGCAAUGGUGAUGGCUAACAACGUCUACAAAACGUUAGGAGCCAAUGCACAGACCCUUACCCUUUUAGCCACUGUUUGUCUUGAAGACCCAGUGACACAAGAGAAAGCCAAAACUUUAUUAGAUAAAGCCCUGACCCAAAGGCCGGAUUACAUUAAGGCUGUGGUGAAAAAAGCAGAACUACUUAGCAGAGAACAGAAAUAUGAAGAUGGAAUUGCUUUGCUGAGGAAUGCACUGGCUAAUCAGAGUGACUGUGUCCUGCAUCGGAUCCUUGGAGAUUUCCUUGUAGCUGUCAAUGAGUAUCAGGAAGCAAUGGACCAGUAUAGUAUAGCACUAAGUUUGGACCCCAAUGACCAGAAGUCUCUAGAGGGGAUGCAGAAGAUGGAGAAGGAGGAGAGUCCCACGGAUGCCACUCAGGAGGAGGAUGUGGACGACAUGGAAGGGAGUGGGGAAGAAGGGGACCUGGAGGGCAGCGACAGUGAGGCGGCCCAGUGGGCUGACCAGGAGCAGUGGUUCGGCAUGCAGUGAGGGCGGCCGCUGCAGGGCCACACUGGCCCGCCCUGCUCUGAGCUCUUCCGUGGACUGAAGGAACCGUAGGCACCUGCUCUCAGGAGGACAAGGAUUCAGCAUGUGAUUGCAGCGGGGGUCUCAGCCCCCUGGCUCCCGAUUCCUAGUUGUGACUUCAUUUCUAAACUGAGCCUGACCAGCCUUCCAUGUAUCUCCAUCCUCUCCUGCUCCAGCCAGGGAGGACCGCGGGAGCACCCCGAGGCCCACACACGCCAGGGCUUCUGGGCCAAGAGCACUUUUUAUAUAACUAAUUUCUAAAUCAAAAAGCUCAAGGAAUAGACGGUGUUUUGUCUGUGACAUGGAUGGGUUUGAAGGAGUGACCCGCCGCCCAGUCUGGCCCCAGAGGGCUUCCUGUUACCAGAAGUCAUCGCCUGGGCUGUCCAGACUUCCCUAGUAACCGUGCUUUCCUUCUGCAAAGUUAGUAAUGCCUUAAGCUGACAGUUGCUAUUUUGCAGAACAGUUUUCCUCUUUCCUAAGCUGGUAACUUGCCUCUGAGCCUGGCCAAUCUGAGAAACGGGUGUGACGAGAGCAUGAGCAGGCGCACCUGGGGCGGUUCCCUAAUAAAACUGGUUUGUACAGUCA